CAUUACUAAAGUCGAACUGUUUCAUUCGCACCUAGGAUUUACAAAGCUGUUGCUGAGAGCAAACUACAUGGCUGAAGGUGGACAGCUAAACCAACAGCAUCAACAGAAUAUAUAUAAUUUUCACGUUUAUAACGUGCAGAACCAAAGGGAAAUUGUACAAGAAAGGACGACAACGUUUGAGAAUGUUGCAGAGGAGAUUGGCCAGAUAAAUAUUCUACAGGCAGAAGAACAACAGAAUGCUCCGAAUGUCGAAGAAGACCAGGCAGCUCAGCAACCGGGUGUUCAGAAUGUCGGACAACAACUAGCAGCUGACAACGUUCCACCACAAAAUAUUGCUGAAGGUGUCGAUGCCUUAAAUCUGUCAUCAAGAAAUAACGAGGCUUCUCAAAUCGGUGCAAUCAAAAAGAAAGAUUUUCAAAGAGAAUCUGCAAGAGACAAACUGACUCAACAAAAACCACUAUUAUCUUCCAACGCUGCGGAAGGUGGGAAUAACAGUCUGAAGAUUUCAAUGCUGCGAAGCAGAGCAACAGCUUUGAUUGGACAAACCAAGUUUGAUAAAGCAGCCACUCUACUUGAGGAACUUGCUCAAAUGCAGAAAUGUACAGAACUAGACACGGCACUCAUGAUGGUCGAAUGUUAUCUACAGCUUGAGAGAGAAAUGAAAGGCGAAAAGAUCAUAAAUGACGUCAAUAGAAUAAUCGUGACAUCAUCAGUGGACGUUAAGGACAUCAAAAUCUUCGCAGUCGAUUUGAUUUCAAAUUCCGCUUACAUUCGCGCUAUAAUAUUGCUUUGGAUAGCAAGUAAUAUAUACAAGGCUCAAUCAAGAUCCCCCGAUGAUGCAAUAAAUGGAAUUGAAAGUUGCGUCAGUAAGACAUAUGAUGCCACUACGCCAAUGAUAAAAGCCGGCGGUCGAUCUAAGAUUAUAGGAGUUGACUAUGGCAUAAAAUACAUGACCGAAAUGCUAGAUGAUUUGCGUGCAAUAGAAAACGCUGACCCAGUAAAUAAAGCAUUGAAAGGGGCAUCGUGUUCGCAAUAUAUAGAGCAAGAGUGGCGAACCUCUUUCAAUUAGUGGGACAACAAUUUCAUUUUUAUUAUGGAAAAGAAGACAGUGGGUCAUAGACAAUCAAUGAAAAAAGUGCUGCUGCAUUAUUCCACAAAUUUUAAGAUCUUUGUAUUGCGCAUUUUACACAUGCAAUGUUGUAAUCAGGACGAAGUUGAUAUCUGGUACUUGAUGCAUUGAAGUACAUACGCAAAACACACUUUUACAUGCAUAGGAAUAACCAAAACGUCUUUGAUGCUGUCUUUGAUGUUAGUCAGCAUUAUUUUCGGCUUGUGUUGUGUUCAUUGAGGUAUAUAUAUCGUUUAUAUAUAUAUCGUUUUCGCUAGAUGCGCUAUUGCGCCCGUCAAGCGGAAGCGGUAUCCUAUAAAUCGGGGAUGGCAAACCUUUUUCAAUGGAUAUGUCAAAAAUUAUAUUUAUAUCACGGAAGGGAAGAGUGUGGGUCACAGAUGUUUGUGCAAUGUUUGAAUCUAUGAGAAACUCACUUGCUGCUGCAUAUUAUCUUGCAGAUCUUAUACCUAAGCUUCAGUUGGUGUUGUGUAGUUUCGUGUACAAAAACACGAGUAUGAAUUACCCAAAGCGUUUCGAAUGAUGCGGCAGAUUAUUCUACCCCGUUAAAGAGUUUGGAUGGAAUUCCACUCUGAUAGAGUUUCACUUUUCGGUCGGCUUUCAACCACAUUUAGGCACUUUCACACUGCCCCUUUGUUAUUUUAGGUUUUUAUUUUAAGUCUAAUAGAUUUUGUAUUCCCAACGGCAUUGCAGGCGAGAAACUAAUGAAUGCACAGUAGCAUUUAGUUCUCGUAUACCCCCAAUACCAAUCUGAUGUGCCUUUUGGUUCAUGUUUUUUCGAAGGGGAACGCUAUAACAACAACAAGACGUUGGGAGAAAUGAACAGAUCAUUUGUAUUGUUUUGUCAUAAACGAUGUCACAGUCAAUAGGUGCAUAACAGUAUACAGGGGUGAACACGCGCGUCCAAGAUUGGAAGUUUUGAAAAUUACCCUACCGACCGGGAAAUUAAAAUUUGAGCGUUAGGAGGCCCCUCUUCCCAACUGACGGUACAUUAUACCAGUUAAAUUAAAUUAGAGCCGGUUUUAUCACUUAUAUAGUAAUGUAUUCGUAUUUCAUUCGUGCCUUGGUGGGUCACCAGAAAAACGCAGGGGGUCACAGCCUGAUUACAUGUCCAUCAAAACCAGUCCAGCGAAACGGUUCGGUCAACGUGGUCUCCGAGACUACUUAGUGGCCUCGAUUACAUGUCCAAACCAACAAGCUGAAAACAGAUUUGGAGUUGCCGGAUUAAAUCAAAUAAGUCAUGAUUUGCAAACACUGCAUAUAUUUUAUUUUCAAUUAAUUCAAUACAAAUGUCAGAGCCGGUUUUAUCACUUAUAUAGUAAUGUAUUCGUAUUUCAUUCGUGCCUUGGCGGGUCACCAGAAAAACGCAGUGGGUCACAGCCUGAUUACAUGUCCCUCAAAACCAGUCCAGCGAAACGGUUCGGUCAACGUGGUCUCGGAGACUACUUAGUGGUCUCGAUUACAUGUCCAAACCAACAAGCUGAAAACAGUUUUGGAGUUGCCGGAUUAAAUUAAAUAAGUCAUGAUUUGCAAACACUGCAUAUAUUUUAUUUUCAAUUAAUUCAAUACAAAUGUUAAUUAAAGAAUCAAAAUUGAAUGCACGUUCUUGAAAUUCUUUUAAGUUAUUUGCAGAAUAUGAUGAGGGAGGGGUCGCUUUCCCGUUGAAAUUUGC